CUCGCUCAUCCUCAAACAACCGGAGAAGCGCGAGCCUCCAGCGGACACGAGCGAUCUGGCGAGGAAAAGCCGCACUGACACAAACCACAAAGACACCAAGAGAACGAGGAAGACCCGGCCUGUCUGACAUGGCGCAGAGAACCGAGAGCAGGCGCGUGAGUCCGAGCCCGCGCGCCAACCGCUUCGACAGCGCGCGCCGCAAGCGCGCCUCGCCGCACAUCUUCGAGCAGGUGAGCGAGGAGUCCCUCGCGCGCCUCUUCCGCAAGGCGGGCGACAAGAAAGCCGAGGAGCGCGUGCGCAGCAUCUUCUCGUGCGCGCACGACCCGGACGAGACGGCGCGCGCCCUCAUGGCCCUGCGCCAGCGCAAGAAGGACAAGCUCCUGCAGAUCAUCCGCACCGUGCGCACCUUCCUGCACGUGCGCUGAACGCCGAGCGCAUGCCGGCGGCUCCGGGUGGAGAGAGCCGCGUGACACGCACCCAGACACGGUCACGGACGCGGGACACCGAACCCCCGAGACUCUGGAACGAAGUGGUCGCACAGGGAUGGAGCGCGCACGCAGUGACUGUGGCGCUCGAUAACCGUCGACUUCCAUGCCGUGAUGAUGCCACGUCGAUGCCACGAUGAUGCCACGCACGUGGAGAACAAAGCAGCAGCAGCAGCACCGGAAUGAACUUUUCCUGCACGUGCAUUGCACACAGAUGCAAGGACUGCAUGCAGAUGCAUUUCUGGACUGGUGGACAUUUUCAACAUGAAGUAUUUGUGUCAUUGAUAUUUAUUUAAAUGCACUUAUGCAUUUAUUAUCUUUAAUAAACGAUUAAAUUAAA